AAACAACCAUGCCCAAGCGCCCCACGAAAACCUACGAGCGCCCCGGCCUCUCCGAGGAGGAGAUCGAGGAGAUCCGCGAGGCCUUCAACCUCUUCGACACGGACGGCUCCGGCACGAUCGACCCCAAGGAGCUCAAGGCGGCCAUGCAGUCGCUCGGCUUCGAGGCCAAGAACCAGACCAUCUACCAGAUGAUCGGCGACAUCGACAAGGACAACGACGGCUCCAUCGACUUCGAGGAGUUCCUCGACAUGAUGACGGCGAAGAUGUCCGACAAGGACACGCGCGAGGACAUCCAGAAGGUGUUCAACCUCUUCGACGACGACCAGACGGGCCGCAUCACGCUGCGCAACCUCAAGCGCGUCGCCAAGGAGCUCGGCGAGACCAUGUCCGACGCGGAGCUCAUGGAGAUGAUCGAGCGCGCCGACACGGACCAGGACGGCGAGAUCUCGCCGGACGAGUUCUACGGCAUCAUGACGAAGAAGACCUUCACGUAAGCCGCGUGAAAAAGAGCGCCGCGGCGCCGGGUGGCUAGAGGUAGCCGACGGGGCCGCGGCGCCAAAGCCGCCGCGUUCGUUCGCGCCGCGAUUCGCUGGCGCCGCGCGGCGGGCAUCGGGCUUCUAGAGGUAGAUAACGGUGCGGAAAUUUA